AUGGAGAGAAACUUCACUGAAGAAGGAAUUCAGCAGACCCUCCAUCUUCCCUGGGACAUUGGCAAGGUCACAGAUGAGGAAGAGAAGCAGUUUUGUCACCACAGGACCAAAUCUUCAGGCUGGCCUCCCCCCUCAGGAACCUGGAGCUUGAACCAGGGAUCUUCCUAUGGAUGGGAGAUGACGGCAAACAGAGAUGGGAGAGACUACUUCAUCAAUCACAUAACGCAAUCUGCCACUUUUGAUGACCCGCGAUUAGACAGCUGCCAAAUCACACCUCCAGCCCCUCGGAAAGUGGAAAUGAGGAGAGAUCCAGUCCUGGGAUUUGGUUUUGUGGCUGGCAGUGAAAAACCUGUGGUGGUACGCUCUGUAACACCAGGAGGUCCUUCUGAAGGAAAACUGAUUCCAGGAGAUCAAAUCAUAAUGAUUAAUGAUGAGCCUGUCAACACUGCUCCAAGGGAGAGAGUCAUCGACCUUGUCAGGAGCUGCAAAGAAUCGAUCCUUCUUACUGUUAUUCAGCCUUAUCCUUCUCCUAAAUCAGCAUUUAUCAGUGCAGCAAAAAAGGCCAGAUUGAAGUCCAAUCCUGUCAAAGUGCGAUUCUCGGAAGAAGUCAUUAUUAAUGGCCAGGUUUCAGAAACAGUGAAAGAUAAUUCACUUCUUUUCAUGCCAAAUGUUCUGAAGGUGUACCUGGAAAAUGGACAAACCAAAUCUUUUCGUUUUGAUUGCAGCACUUCAAUAAAGGAUGUCAUCUUAACACUUCAAGAAAAACUGUCAAUUAAGUGUAUUGAACACUUUUCUCUGAUGCUGGAGCAGAAGGCUGAUGGAUCUGGAACAAAACUUCUCUUACUCCAUGAACAGGAGACUCUAACUCAGGUGACCCAGAGGCCAAGCUCCCACAAGAUGCGAUGCCUCUUCAGAAUCAGUUUUGUCCCAAAAGAUCCCAUUGACCUUUUACGAAGAGAUGCAGUUGCCUUUGAAUAUCUGUAUGUACAGAGCUGUAAUGAUGUAGUUCAGGAGCGGUUUGGACCUGAGCUCAAAUAUGAUAUUGCACUAAGACUGGCUGCAUUACAAAUGUAUAUUGCAACUGUGACCACGAAACAUACUCAGAAAAUUUCCCUCAAAUACAUUGAAAAAGAAUGGGGACUGGAGACUUUUCUUCCAUCUGCUGUACUGCAGAGCAUGAAAGAAAAGAACAUAAAGAAAGCACUUUCACACCUUGUCAAAGCAAAUCAAAACCUAGUUCCUCCGGGUAAAAAGCUAUCUGCUCUACAAGCCAAGGUACACUAUCUCAAGUUUCUCAGUGAUCUACGGCUAUAUGGAGGCCGUGUAUUCAAAGCAACAUUAAUGCAGGGAGAAAAACGUUCUGAGGUGACAUUGUUAGUGGGACCACGAUAUGGCAUAAGCCAUGUAAUAAAUACCAAAACGAAUUUGGUAGCACUACUGGCCGAUUUCAGCCAUGUGAACAGAAUUGAGAUGUUUACAGAAGAUGAAACUAUAGUUCGAGUUGAGCUUCAUGUGCUAGAUGUAAAACCAAUCAUUUUGUUAAUGGAAUCAUCAGAUGCCAUGAAUCUUGCCUGUUUGACAGCUGGAUACUAUAGACUUCUAGUUGAUUCAAGGCGUUCAAUAUUUAACAUGGCCGGGAAGAAAAAUGGUGGAAGCCGUGAAGCAGGGAAUGAAACUAAGGGGAAGCAUAACCUCCAUGGAUCAGAAUGGAACUGUGUGGCAAAAACUACUACAUUCCCAGCAGAAGAAGAACAGGAGGCCCACAUGUUUGUAGAUCCGAAACAGAAAACUACAGAAUCCUGCGACAGCACUUUGUGUCCAAAAGAACACAGACACCUAUACAUAGACAGUGUUUAUAGUUCAAGUGAGAUUGAUCAGCAAUUGGCUAAACAAAGUGACUCUACAGAGGCAGAAGAAAACCAAAAUUUAAGCCAACAAUCUGUGCUGUCAUACUCAGGAGGACUGGACUCAAGCAAGAAGACACAAGGAUCUCCAAGAGCUGCAAAAGUAUCCUUUAUAUUUGGCGAUCACAAUUUGGAUGGUAUUAAUCCCCAAACUCUUGGCUAUGAAAGACUAUUGGAUGAAAGUCCAGAAACUUUAGAUAAGCAAAGAGCUCUUUAUAUAAGCCAUGCCAAUGACAUUAAGGGUUUAGAGCUCUCUCCAGAUACUGAUAGCAUUCAGUUUGCUGCUAAUUCAGUUUAUGCGGGCUUAAAUGAUGGCAAAAUAUUUGAAGCUGCAGAAGGAAUAGAAGAGCCUUUGCUGCAUGAUAUUUGCUAUGCAGAGAACACAGAAGAUGCUGAAGAUGAAGAUGAAGUAAGCUGUGAGGAAGACGUUAUGGUAGGAGAAAUCAAUAGGCCAACUCUUCUUAGCCUUUCAGGUUCUAGUGAUGACAUCAUAGACUUGACAUCACUUCCACCUCCAGAAGGCGAUGAUAAUGAAGAUGACUUCCUAUUGCAUUCUCUAAACAUGGCCAUUGCUGCUCCUCCACCUGGAUUCAGGGACAGCUCGGAUGAUGAAGACUCACAGAAUCACACCUUACAGUACAGAGAAGACAAGGAGGAAGCCAAGGACGUUGGGCGUGGUGAUAUCCCAGUGUCUCUUAUUGAUGCUGUCCCCACUAAUACUGAAGGAAAAUGUGAAAGGGGGUUAGAUGAAGCUGUGGUUUCUACUCUUCAAGCACUGGAGGCCUUGGCUGCUUCUGAGGAACAACAGACUAAUGAUAAUUCAGGUGUAGCCAUCUUGAGAGCAUAUAGCCCUGAAUCUUCAUCAGAUUCUGGCAAUGAGACUAACUCUUCUGAAAUGACUGAAAGUUCUGAACAGGCCACCGCACAGAAACUGACUGAAAAUGCCACGCGCAUGUUUUUGCCUGCUAAUGAAGGUAACCAACCGCAGGCUGAAUUCUCCAUCACCAAGAAUCAGGCUGGAGGGCUGCUAAUGAAAUCUUUACCAUCAUCGUCUAAUCAGCAAGUUACAGAGCUACAGACAAAAGUUGUGCCUUCAAAGCAGAUUCUCCAUUCAGAUAACAUGGAGAUGGAGCCAGAAACCAUGGAAACAAAAUCUGUUACUGAAUAUUUUAGCAAACUGCACAUGGGGUCUGCAGUUUAUUCUUGCACUACUAAACGGAAAAGUAAGGUGACUGAUGGAGAAGGGAAAAUGACUCCUGAUGGCCAUGUUGUUACAAAAAAACAGCAGGAGGCUAAAAAAACAGAAACUGAUGAGCAAAAGAGUAAAAUUGGUACUCUCUCCUUGAGGGAGGGUCAACGCAUAAGCACUUUUAAUGUAGAGAGAACUGCCUUUCGCAAGGAUGGCCAAAGAUGGUAUGUUGCUCCAGAAGAAGGAGCAGUGGAGAAACCAAAUUCAGAGACAGUGAAUGGAAAGGCAGUUCCACGAGUUUCCAGUCUUGGGAAAACAGAGAUGGAUGGCAAAGAUGAUGUGUAUCCUGAGAUUGAUCAUAAUGUUAUUUUAGGACAUGGGCCAGAUGAAAAUUUUGUGUCAGAUGUGUCUACUCUGCCUUCACCCAAAGAUUGGAAUGACUCUGAAGAUGUUAAUUUGUCUGUGGAUGAUCGUCUUUCCAAGCUUCCAGAAGCUGAGCAGAGUGUGACUAGACUGUGCGAGUACCAUUUAGCUAAGCGAAUGUCCUCCUUGCAGAGCGAAGGCCAUUUUUCCCUGCAAAGCUCGCAGUGCUCUUCGGUGGAUGCAGGCUGCAGCACAGGCAGUAGUACAUGUGGAACCCCUGUUGAAUCUCCUCUUUGUACCUCUGAUGCUAAGCACAUCAUGCCUGACUCAACAGGAAAAAGCAUCGGCUAUAUUUCCGUAGAUGAAAGAGCUGCCACGCAUCCCAACCACGGAUCAACGUACAAGGAGCUGCACCAGCAGUCAGAAACUGUGUGCCACAGAAUGGCUGUUCCUGUUAUGCAUUCUGCAGUGAAUUCUGCUGACCCCCUGUUUGGCACGUUGAGAGACGGAUGUCACAGGAUUCCUAAGAUUAAAGAAACUACAGCUUUCACAGAGCCUGUGACUGGAAGACAAGGAGGCAUACCUUCAGCUUUUCCAAAACAGCCCAGAGCUGGUUCCAUCAUGCUAUCAUCCCACAUUCACUCUGAAUCAAAGGUGCCAAGUCAAAACCAAGACUCUUUUGAUGUUCCCAAAGUCAACCAGUCAGGUGGGGUCGUGGCUAGUUUUUGGCCAUAUGAUGUGAUGGGGGGAAGCCUCAGAAUGCCACACAAGAAGAAAGUCUUGAGACGGAGCAGCAGUGUCAUUGCAGAAACUACAGGCAUUGCGAUGUUUCUUGAGAAGGAGAAAGCCACAGCCAGUUUGUUAUGUACAGAUGCCACGGAAGGAGAGGACUCAAAAGCAGAAAAAAGAGGAGAACUUCCUCUGGGGAAAAAGUUGUUGAAAUGUUAUUCCCAAAGCUCUGUGAAUGUCUGUGUAAGCAGCAAAAGAUCUGUCUGGAAUACCAUCCAGAAGGAGCCCAAGCAGUACAGAACAUUGCCCUUACGAAAGCUCGAUGCUAGCAACUGGAAAUGCCGUGGGCCGUUUAGCUAUUGUUUCUUGAAGAGAGGAACUCCUGAAGAUGAUGAAGAUGAAGUUGAGCACAGAGAUAGCACCCAGCUCUCAUGCCUCUAUCGUCCUGAAAGACCGUGCAUGGUGGAAGAAGUAUCUACUCAGUCUUCCUCGACCAAAAAUGAGGAAAAUGAGAUAGAAGCUGUGGAAGUUCCCAGAGAUGCAAAAAGCAGUCAAAAAAGCAAGAGGAGUCUUGAAGGUGAGGAUGGCAAAUUCAAUACGGAUCUCAGUGACAUGUCCUUCAAUGCACGGAUUUCAAGACUCAGUGUCAUGAAGGAAAAGAAUUAUGCAGUGCCUGAUGGAUUUCUUGCAGCACAAAAGGAUGCCAAUGAGCUACUCUGUUUGGUCCGGUCUAGUGUGGGGAAGAGGGAGGAUCAUCCAGGAACAUAUGACCUUAAACUUUCUCAGUACAAACAACUGUUAUCUGUAGAAUCUAGACAGUUGGGAAGUGCCUGCAGGAAAAUGGCCAUGGCUGAAAAAAGCCCUGAGGAAAUGCUUGUAGCUAUGACUUCUAGCUUUCAAGUACUCUGUUGCUUAACAGAAGCCUGCAUGCGUUUAGUUAAAAUCAUGAACUCUGAAACACAGCAGGAGGAAAUAGUAGCUAAAAUAGAUGAAGUUGUAAUAAACUACAUUUGUCUUCUAAAGGCUGCAGAAGCCGUGUCUGGCAAGACCUCCAGUGACUCUAGCAUUAAACUCUUGGCUCGUCACUCGACUACCAUGGCCACUAUUGUAAGCACACUAACACGUUCUCUUAAAAUGCUUUUAAAUAAAUAA